GAGGCUUAUCUACACGCGAAACAAAGAUAGCCAAAUCAUGCAAUUCACAGCGACAAAAGAAAAGAGCCAUGGCAGCCACUUUGGGGAAUUCUUAUCUUUGUGCCCAAAAUUUUCUACUGUCUCCCACGUUCAAACUUGAAGUUUCUAAUAAUGGCCGGAACACCAUUAGUCUACCCACCACCAACCUUAUAAAUGCUGCUAAUUACUCCUUAUAUCACCCAAGAAAGUUGGUCGCCGCCGUUAGGAGCUCCGGCGACGACACGGCUUCCGCCACGGAGACGGAAGAAACGCCGGUUGAACUCUCCGACGGACCUCCUUCUCUGAUUUCAGCUCUUAAUGCUGAAAAGGCCAUCCGCGGCAUUGCAAUAACAGAUGUAGACCACUAUGGCAUCCUUGGACUUCAAAGAGGAUGUCCAUAUGAGCAGGUGUUAGUUGCAUAUAACAAGAAGGUUGAGGAAGCAAAGAAUGAGGGGCUUGAAGAAGAGGAGCUAAACAACAAGCUUCAACUCUUACAGGAAUCAUACAGAAUUUUGUCAACAAUGGAGGAGAGAAGACUGUAUGAUUGGAGCUUGGCUAGGAGUGAGAUGGGAGAUACGUACACGUGGCCGUUUGAGGUUGACAUUACUCAAACUCCUAAAGGAGGAACCCCUCCUCCCAGAAAACCAGAGGAUGAAAGACCUACAAGAUUGGUUGGGUACUUCAUACUGGGAUGGCUAGUAUUAGCAGCCGUCUUGUCAAUUGCUCUUAGUAAUUAGUAAUAAAAAGUUUAAUUGUACAUGAUCGAAGAGUUAUGAUAUGAGAUGAUUAUUUCAUUUGUCUCCACACACUUUAAAGUUGUGAAUUAUUUAAUAAAGUGGCAUCUAAAUAUUGAAUUGUGGUUAUGUUA